GAGAGUUAGGGUUAAUUUAGGGAGGGAGGGAUUCUAGGAAGCGCCCGACAGGACACACCAGGCUCGCGAAAUUUUGGUAGUGAGGGGAUGGAAUCCGACCAGGGGAAGCUUUUCAUAGGAGGCAUUUCGUGGGAGACGACAGAGGAGCAGCUUAGAGACUACUUCCAGAGAUACGGGGAGAUUGCGGAGACGAUGAUCAUGAAGGACAGGAACACUGGGCGAGCUCGAGGAUUCGGCUUCGUUUCCUUUGCGGAUCCAUCGGCCGCGGACAUGGCAGUCGCCGAGAAGCACACGAUCAAUGGCAGACUGGUGGAAGCAAAGAAAGCUGUGCCAAGAGAUGAGCAGCAGACUAUUCCUAGGAGCAGCAUCAGUAGCGGUGGCCAGAGUCCAGGGGGUGGUCAGGGUAGGACAAAAAAGAUUUUUGUGGGUGGCUUAGCGUCAACUGUCACAGAAGAGGAGUUUCGAGGAUAUUUUGAGCAAUUUGGUACUAUUUCAGAUGCAGUGGUCAUGUAUGAUCACACCACGCAGCGGCCCAGGGGAUUCGGCUUCAUCACUUUCGACUCCGAGGACUCGGUCGAAGCGGUGCUCAUGAAGUCGUUCCACGAGCUGAAAGACAAGAUGGUUGAAGUGAAGCGGGCAGUUCCAAGGGACCAGUCCACCCCGAGCGUGAAGCCGAUCAACACACUGGCCGGGAUGGGAAGAGCUUACGGACAGGGAUACCCGAGCCCGCAGAUAUACGGUGGCCGUCCGGAUGGAAGAUUUGGAGCAGUGCCUGCGAGAGGCGCUUAUCCUUAUCCCGCCGGUGGCUAUCCAGGCUACGCAGGAGCGGGGUAUAUGAUGAACGGGAGCUACGCAGGUGGAUAUCCAGGGGGCUACGCUACUGGUGCUGGAUAUGGCGGAGCAGCAGGCUAUGGAAACGGCGGGGGAAGCAGUCCAGGAUAUGGAAACAACUUGAGUAGAAGCGCUUGGCCUGGAGCGGCCGGAGGCUAUGGAAGCUCGCAGGGAUACGGCGGUGGCGGUGGCGGAUAUGGAGCGGCGGGGAUGUGGGGCUCGGCGACGCAAGCUCAAGGUGGCAGCGGCGGCUAUGGUGGCUACUACAGUAACGAUAAUGGCUACGGUUCUAGCGGGGCGGGUUACGGUGGUCGAGGCUAUGGUAGCAGUCCUGGAGGGUAUGGAAGCACAGGCACAGGGCCAGGGAGUGGGAGCUAUGCGGCAGGGGGUGGUAGCUACAAUGGUGGAGGAUACGCGGAUGGGUAUGGAAGCGCGGGGUAUGCUGAUGGUGGUAACUGGGGUGGCGAUGGUGGCUACAGUGGUGGCGGUGGUGCCGGAGCCAAUGGUAGCUAUGACUUGAAUGGUGGUAACGGUGGUGAGAAUGGUGAAGGUGGCGGGUACGGUGGUGGGAAUGGUAGCACCGGCUAUGGUGGCGCUGCGAACCGGCAGUCGUCCCAGAGAGGAGGCGCGGAUACUCGCUUCCGUCCUUACCCGGCGACGAGUGACCGCAGCUAGAGAGUGUAGCUAACCUUGGUUUUGUGUAAUUUGAGUGUAUUGUCGCAGGGCUGCUUUAAAACUAAAUAAUCUUUUGGAAAUCUUUAG